CGGUGAGCGCCGGGUGCGAAUGGUUAGAGACCCGCCCGCGCGAAGGACUUGCGACAGAGAGACUCCGACCAAUCGCGAGUUUUGCACGAGGAAAAAUGAGCCAAUGACAAGCCCGGUCUUAAAGAGCACUAGUAGUAUAGCACUUUUUUUAGCUGCGUUUCUCCGAAUGUUUUCAUUAUCUUUCGUACCUUCUCGUGUAUAAGUUGUAAACAACUGGAAGAACAUCGGUGUAAAAUUUAUCGUCGCAAAUAUUUUAAACAACUGUUAAUAUUACAUUUAUUUUCCGAGACACACGAGUCUAUCAUGAAUACAUCGGAUAUUAUAUAUCUCAUUUCCUCAAAGAAUAAUGUUUUUAUAUGGAAUGCUGAUGAUUGGCUGAGACUUCGUCGCGACCACAGAAUAAUUGGCGGAUUGAUAGGUUCCUUUGCCAAAGCAACCAGACAAGACGCAUUCUCCGGUCUUCCAUUGCUUUUGAGUCCGGACGAAGUAACGAUAUUGAUUGAGAAAGGGAUUGCUCGUCUUGUAGAAUGUACAAGUCUGGAGGAACUACCGUCCGAAUCAUUGAAAAAGAAGUUACAGGAUUACAGAGACCAGUUGUUCGAGGACCAAGAGAAAUGUUUGAGAGAAAACAAGAAGAAACAGGUCAUGGCGUUUAUGGAUAGAAUCGUGGAGGGAAAGAAGCGCAAGAUGUUAGGUAUGCAUACAGGCAAAAAAAAUAAGAACAAGAUGUUAGACAAGAAGGCUCAGGAAGCUAUGGAUAACAUCGAAAUCAACACACAAACCUUGCUUGAAGAAGAAGUGGCUAAGUUACCGAAAUUGAAAGCAUCUGAAGCGCUCAUUCAGACACACCUGGCAUAUCCGUGGUCUUCUAGAGACAAUAUAAAAACAGUAGACUGGAAAUAUCCGUUUACUGCUACUCAAAAAUUAAAAUACAAAGUGUACAAAAAUCUUUGGGAAAGAGGAUAUUACAUCUCAAACGGAGAACAAUUUGGCGGACAUUUUUUGGCGUAUAUGGGUGAUCCGUUGAUGUUUCAUUCGCAAUUUAUAAUACAAUGCAGAAGCAAGGACGAAGAGAUAUCUGUUGUAGAACUCAUGAAUCAAUGUAGAAUCAGUUGUCAAGUCAGGAAGACGUUUGUAUUCGCUAUAUAUUGUGAAAAAGAAGACAAAGUGUAUUAUCAGUCUUUUCAGUGGGCAGAAAGUAAAGCACUUCAAAAUAGCUAAUACAAACGACUUCAUGUUUAGAAUAUUUGUAAUUGCGUUUUAAAGAACGAUUUUUCUCAGACAUGUUCUUGCCUUUAUUUCAUUUUUAUAUGUUGAUAGAAUGUUAAUUUCAUGCAAUGUUUUUAGAGAGAUGAGCAUAGUAUUAUAUUAAAUUGAACACUAAAAAAGACGAGCAAGAGUCAGACAGAAUUUUGUUAGAGUCCAAACUGUCUUUAGUAAAAAAAAAAAAAAAAAAUGUCACUUCUAACUAUCUUUACAGUUUCAUUGGUAGAUAUCUUUAAGAGUUCAAAAGAACUCAAUCAUAAUCUCUUAAAAAUCUAUUGUUGUGAAAAAUUGCAAGAAUGGUUAAAACAUUUGAUAAAUAGUUUUAAUUGAAGAUAUUUGUAUAGAUAUUCUAAUAAUUCUGUCUACCAGUUCUGCCUGAUUUUUCACUAUAUAAUCUGAGUGAAGAUAAAUACAGCCUUCUACUUUUAAGUUUUGUUUGUUUUUUUUUUUUUUUUUUUUUUUUUG